GCGGCGCCCCCGGCCGCCCUCGCCACUCUUGCAUCCCCCAGGUCGCUUGAGUCACCCAUCAGCCCGCAGCUAUGGCCGCCAUCGUCGCCCCCAGCGCCACCGUGCGCGCCACCUUCAAUGUGCAGCGCCCCCGCGCUCGCACUGUGAUGAAGGCGGGCAACUGGCUGCCCGGCAGCGACACCCCCGCCUACCUCGAGAACCUGCCCGCCAGCUACGGCUUCGACCCCCUGGGCCUCGCCAAGGAGGCCCCCAGCCUGCAGCGCUUCAAGGAGUCUGAGGUCAUCCACGGCCGCUGGGCGAUGCUGGGCGCCGCCGGCGUGCUGGGCGUGGAGGUGCUGGGCUACGGCAACUGGUACGACGCGCCCCUGCCCCUGGUCCAGGGCGGCAGCGCCACCUACUUUGGCGCCUCCAUCCCCUUUGACCUGGGCACCCUGGCGGCCAUCGAGUUUGCUGCCAUGGCUGGCGCCGAGUCGUUCCGCGGCGCGGCUGAGCCCGAGAAGCGCGUGUACCCCGGCGGCCCUUUCGACCCCGCUGGCAUGUCCAAGGGCAACCAGGAUGAGCUGCGGACCAAGGAGAUCAAGAACGGCCGCCUUGCCAUGAUCGCCUGCCUGGGCUUUGUGGCCCAGCAUGCCGCCACCGGCGCCAGCCCCCUGGAGGCCCUGGGCGCCCACCUGGCUAACCCCAUGGUUGCCAACUUCGCCACCAACGGCGUGUCCCUGCCCCUGGCGUAAGCAGCAGCCAGCGUCCCCUGGCGGGGCCCCUCCCCCGCCUGCCCCUCUUGUGUGGCGGGGAGCCCUUGCUGAGCGCUGGCACGGCAGCGGUCUGGCCCGGCCAGCUUCCGGCUGGUGUGCGGGUUUUGGUCUCUGUGCGUGUGUGGUCUUGUAUUUUGCUCUCUCCCUUGCUCAUUGCUUCCCUGACUUCACCCCACCUGAGAAGAUCAACGCUAUCGCUACCUGCCUGUAAGCACCACCAUUCGUGAAA